UGUUCCUCGUUGCUUCAAACGUCGAGGAUUUGCCGUCGAGGGCCAUGAGGUUCCUCCGAUCCCAUGGCAUCCUGCACGAUGUCCUUUCGACCCUCAGGGCCUUUGCUUCUCAAGCGGAACGGACACGUCCGACGCGGUUUCCGCCGGUUCAGCGCAAGAGCGGCCGCCCGAGCCGCGCGCGUGACACGGAUCCCUAUGAGGAGGAGCCCAUGCGAAGCCUUCAGAACCUCCGCGGCUUGCGGGGUUUUCCCGCUGCGCGGCCUGAUGGGCGCUGCGAACGCGGAGAAGAGAAGAGUUUCCAACAGGAUGCCUUGAUGGCACGGGAGACCUUAAAGUGGCAUCGGAAGGAGACGCACCUGUCAAAGAUGAUUGAUGAUUUAGUGAUUGAGAAGGCCCCUAAGGUUGAGACGGGGCGUUGGUGGGACUCCUGGGAGGCUGAAUGGGAUGAUGGAUGGGACUGGGAAGAGAAGUGGCAAAGGAAGAGAUUGGACGGAACACCUGCAAGUCCAUCCGAAGUGAUUGUUGGAAAGGACGAUCCACGUCGGCCCCAAGGGCCUAUGUGGCAGCGAGAAGAUGGCAGUUAUCAGCCAGUGCCCACUCUGAAUCACUAUCAGCUGGCAGAAGCAAUCGUGGCGGCACGAAAUCGAAAAGUGGACGAGCUGCACUGGCAAGCGCUGUGCCGUCGAGCUGAAUUGGUGGCGAUGUCCAUGACACCUGCAGAGCUGCUUGCGGUCGCGAGAUGUGUUGGUGAGAGGCAAUCAGGCCAACUUCGACUGCUUUGGAAGAUCGCAACGUUUGUGGUUGAACGAAUAUCUUCUUACACUACGGUUGAUUUGGUAUGUUUGGCAAACGUGUACUCUUCCUUGGACGUUGUGCACCAUGGAAUGCUAAAUGUUGUUGCACUGAUUCUUGCGAGCCCCGAGGAUGAGAGGAUCAUGGAUGCACCGCUGGCGGUGGACACUCUCAAGUCCUUUGCACGUGCAGAGUAUCCUCUCCCUUUGCUGGUUGGCGAAGUGAAACGGAUCCUCCUCAGCGACUGCUUGGAUACAUUGAAGCCUCGCCUGGCACUGAGUGCUCUUGAAAGCUUCUCCGCACUAAAUUCUUUGGAUGGCGAGCUUCUGGCACUGCUUUUGCCUCAUGCGCUUGGACCCUCAAGUCUAGGCAAUUUGGCACCGAUUUGUGCUGCCGCAUCGUGGGCAGCUUCCCAAGCGCAGUUUGAACCCAUCAAAGCAAGUGGGAUGCAUAGAAGCGAGGCAGAAGAUUCCAUGAACCAGGUAGCAACCCACGUGACAAAGCCAUCAAUGUCCAUAAAUGCGGCCCAGGAAGUCAUACUGCAAGCGCUUGAGGCAUGUUUACAGAAGUGCAAGUUGCCCAAUGUUCAAGUUGUGGCACAAGGUAAGCAAACGCUCCAAGGAUUGGACAUCAAGUCUGCACCAAACGCGCAAGGACCUUUAUGUCCGCUUUGUGUCGUUCCAACGCUCCAAGGACCUCCGGUUUCAGUGCGGGGGGAGUUGCUCCUCGGUGCUGCCCAACUACUGGCGAUGUCGGAGCAGCGCAGGACGCUGGCAGCACAGCUGCUGAAGGCAGCAGUUGGAAGCAGUACGAAAGUGGCUUUGUGGCAGCCAGAGCAACUUUUGCCCUGGCUGGAAGUUGCAAUGCAGAGCGUGACACCUGCGACUGAAGUUAGCACAAUUGAGCCGGAGGUUGUGGUUUUGAUAUUGAGAUCAAUUUGUACGCAACCAGCAAGGCUCACAGCUAUUUCCGCAUCUUUGGCACUUGCUCUUCCACGCAUUCUGCAAUUGUAUGGAGAGCCUGUGAUGCCAGCCAUCUCUGAUACAGGCCAGCUGUUGUGCGACACUGUUCGUCCGGAGCUCUAUCGACUUCCUUUGCUAGACACAUACCGGCUUCUGGAGGGUUGCCUCAAGGUCGAAGCGUUACUAGCUUCCGAGGAGACCACGGAGAGUAGGUCCGGACCUGCCAAGUUGCUGUUUUCGGCGGUCCUCAAGUCAUUGCCUUUGAAGUUCAAGUCUGAGGCCAUCUUUCAUCGCAAGGUCCACAGCACCAGUGGUCCGGAGCUGGCGGAGUGGUGUGUUCUCUUAGCAGAGUCGGACCUGGAAGCCGUUCCGGAAUCCGUGUGGGCCCUGCUAGCUGCAAAGAGCCAAGAAGCCUUGGCCGCCUCGGGGCUCGGGGUGGAAGCCUCCUCGCGUCCAGAGGUGUCCGGAGCACGGGUGGCACGGCAGAUCUUCUCCGCGCUGUUGAAAGUGAGAUCCAGGUAUGAAUGGGAGAUUGCGGAUCCAGAGACACCUUUGGGAUCUGUUGCUCAUGCAAUUCAGACAGAGUGGAACCGUGCCAUUGCCAAAGAUGGAGAGCUCGAAGAUCCAUUGCAUGAGCCAGCUCCAAUACCCCCCGAAGACGCAUGGUCUCUGAAGGACCUUCUCGAAACAAGUGGCAUUGAGCUUCCAAAGGAGGUUCGCAUUUGAGGGCAAAAAGAGAUCGACAUCAGACAUCGCCCGAUUUCGCCACAAAAGCGAUGAGAGCUUCCAUCCGAUUUCAAGGGCCAUUUCGGUGACGACGGGACCCAGCAGAGUCGACGUCCCCAGAGAAGCGCCAAACCGAAGGGCCAAACCGACUGCGCUCGAACUGGAGCUGCUGAUUGGCAGCUCGAGUGGGACAUAAAGUUGGAAAAGGAUUGCACCAUCAACCGAGCGUUGUGUUUGAUGGUUCCUGUGCCUAUGGUCCUAGGUAAUGCUGAUACUUGCUUUUGUGGCGAAGAGCU